AUGCGUACCUCUUUCCACCGGUCCAGAAAGGAGCAGGAGGAGGAGGAGAGGAGGGAGGAGGAGGAGAUGGCAGUGAGAGUGGAGGCGGCAAUAAGGGAGAGGGUAGACGCGGAGCUGGCGUGUGAGCGGGUGCAGCAGCAGGUGGCAGCGAUGGUGGCGGCAGGCAGGCAGAAGCUGAGGGAGGAGGUGCAGGCGCAGUUGGAGAGAGAGAGACUUGCGCUGCUGGCCGAAGCGCGAAGGAAAGAGGAGCAAAAGCGUAGGGAGCAGGAGGAGCUGGAGCGGAUGUUGGCGGAGAAUCAGAGGAAGGUGGAGGAGGCACAGAGGAGAGCAGCGGAGGAGCGAGCCAGGGAGGAGGGGCUGAGACACAAGGAGCGAGAGGCAGCCAGUGCGGUGGGGUGGCGGGUGUAG